AUCACCGCAUUCGGUACGUAAUUUGGCAUCCGAUAUCCGAACACGUGAAUAUUCCCUGUAAAACGACCCGUUUCGUUGCGUAAGCUUUUCUUACACUGAUAUUUUUAUCGCCAGGAUGAAAGAGACAACAGCGUGCCACAUAUUUCAACAUCCCUGGGAUACGGUAGUACAAGCUGUAUGGAGGAAAUAUCCUAAUCCAGUGAGUGAAUCUGUCAUUGGGACCGACAUAGUUGACCGAGAAAUCAACAAACAAGGAAUCCUCCAAACACACAGAUUGAUGAAGACCCAGUGGUUUGUUCCAGUUGUAGGACGAGCUUUAAUAGGGGACCAGAAAGUCGCAUAUGGGAGUGAGCAUUCAGAAUGUGACCCAAAGAACAAAACGCUUACGGUCAUCUCAAAAAAUAUCACAUACAGUUCUUUAGUUACAAUUGCUGAAACCUUGACAUAUUCUCCUGGCCCUGAAGGUCAAAACCAGACACAUUUGAACCAUUGCACAAAAGUGACAGUAAACAAUAGGAUGCCACUAGCAAGUUACUGGGAGAAACUGGUGACUAAUAUCGUCGAGAGCAACACUAGCAAGGGACGUGAAGCCAUUGAAUGGGUUAUAGACAAUAUCAAAAAGGAGGCUGAAGAGGCGUUAAGUUGUGUGGACGAAGUGUUAACUAACAUUCACCCCAAGACUUUAUGAUACAGAUAGUGCUAUUAUAACUGUGGCCUGAUGACCACACCAUUUAUUGUAUGAGUGAAGGACUAAUGCUAAUCUGUGAUAGGUUUUUAGAGACAAAUAAGUCUCAUUUAGGGAAAUGAUCUUGUUAAGGAUAUCUGUCAUAUUUAUGUUGAUGAGACAUUUUACAUGCAGUCUGUUAUACUUCAGAUGCCUGUACAUGACAUGGGAAAGAAACCUGGUUUAUUAAGCUAAACUGGCUGGAAAGACUGGAGGAACUUUGACUGAAUUUGGUCUGGCACAUUGUUGGCCCAAGGGGACUCAAUGUGGUAUAAACAGAGGGUGUGCCUGCAGCCCUCUGUUAUUUCUAGUACAGUUGAACCUCAUAUCGAAGCCAGCAGGAUCAUGGAAAUACUUUGAGUUAUCAAAGUAUUUAUGGGUUAAGUGACUUCCAAUGUCUGGUAUAAAGUGUGUUUUAAUGUUUGGUCAAAUAUGAGUUGUUGAUUUUUUUCAGACACAGUCAACAUCUAUAAACAAUCAAUUAAAAACAAAAAUGAUAGUUAUAUAAAAUAAGAACAAUUUAUUCAUUAUGUUAUAUCCAAACGGAAGUUAAGCGGAGGUUUCUACAUAUUGGAGUGGGACAGGGACCUGUAAAGAGACAUGCAAACAAAAAGUACAUUACCAGUUUAAAACUUACAUGCUGUCUCCGAUUGUGCUUCUGAUGCGGAAAUGAAAGUGUGCCAGUUUUUACACUGUUAGAGCAAACACAUAGUUAGCCUGCACUAUUACAUAAAUACCAAUAUGACACUUGACACCUCCUCAAUAUGACGUACUCAACAGUAACUAUUGUUGUGUUCCUAUAAUCUAUCAAUUGAUUAUCAAAGCCACACAAACUCCUGUAAAAACAUGAACCGGCGAACCAGGCCUAGGUUGUGAUUUUAUUUGUGGGGCUCAUUUAUGUAUGUCUGCACUGUGACCAAUUUUCUGGUUAUGCAGUGUUAGGUGUAAAUAAUGUACCAUUCAAAUCGUUUAACAGGCUUGAUGUGAGCACUGAUUACUAGUAAUCAACAUUAAUGAAGUUUGAAUCUUAACAUGAACAGUCAAAUAUAUUUUACUGGAAAACUUUCAUAGAAAAUACUUAUGACUGAAAGAAAAAUGUUCAAUAAGACCGAUAUUAAGAAACGUUGAAUGGCACAUUACCAUAGCAAUACGUCUUAUAUGUACUAAUGAUAAUAAAACUGACAAUGAAAAUAAUAAAAGCUUCAAGAUAAGUGAUACUUUGAUGAAGGAUUUAUUUUAAGUUUUCAGAGUUAAGAGUUAUCAAUAGUUUUAAUUACUAAGAUAAAAAAAAGUUUUCGGCCAGGACUGAAGAAAUACAUUCAAGUAAAAUAGGGUCUUCGAGUUAAAAAGUAUUCUCAGUUCAUUUGAAACACAUUGGUGGUGCAAUGGAUGGUGUGAAUCUAUGUACCAGCAAUUUAAUGGAACUGUCUUCCCAUCGUAGGAUAAGGCCAUCCAAGAAAAGAAUAUCACUGUCUGUCCCACUUAAAGCUUCUGAUGCAAAGUUUAUGUGACCUGACUGUCAUCAGCCUGGUCUGAAUUUAUAGGUUGUUGACCUAACUUUUCUGACUGCUUAUUAGAUAUUAUCACCGUAUCUUUUCCGUAGUCUAGGAUGACACCGAUCGGAGCAGUUGUGAUGACUUUCUGCUCCGGAAACUCCAUAAAAGGUGAUGCCAGGCUCCACAUAACUGCUCAAAACUCAAAAAAGAGAAAAUUUAAGGGGGCACAUUUAGUGCCCCCUUAAAUUUUCUCUUUGCUUGACAAAUGCAACAGAUGUUUUCAAAAGCUUACAAAAUUAGCUUUCAAUUGCUGUUUGUUUACAAACUUACUGUAAAACCGAAUGCAAACCUAAAUUCCUCCCCAGGAACGAUAUGGGACUAAUAACUACAUGUAGAUUCCUGGUUAUUAGGUAUCGGCCAGCUGGUGAAAACUUACGUGCCAUUGUUCUGACAGCUACUCAUAUUUUGCAUUUGUAUAAAUUAAAAAGCUUUGAGAACAUGGUAAUAUUCUGAAUGAUGAGAAAUGAUUUAAUGCCUGUCUUAUUAGACAGACUUUUUAUGAAUUUGAUGAAUGUAACCUUGACACCAUAUGUUUCAUUAUCGUUUUAUCCAUUAGAAAUUAAUGGAAAUAUUUUAUUUGCAAAUACCAUUAAUUAAGUUACCUAAUGUCUUGAAUAAAACUUGUAUUAA